GCUCGCCAUAGAUUAGACGCGCGGCCGAAGUUAGGAAGGAGUUUUGGUUGAAAGGAGGGAGGUUAGCCAUGAGCCUGCUGGGUCGGCUGAGCAGGGCGGUACUGGCCGUGCAGCAGCUGCCGGCCAUCUUCAGUGCCUGCCAGCUACAGACCUGGCUGCCGGCCGGGCGCGGCGGCCCCGGUCCUCUGGCACCGGCGGCCCGCCGCCUCCUGGCCGCCGCCACUCCGCAGGUGCUGCCCUCCUGCGGCAUGAAAAUGAGGUACAACCUGCGGCGGCGCUGCAAGCACUGCUACUUGGUGGCGCGCCACAACCGCUGGUACAUCAUGUGCCCGGUCCACCCGCGCCACAAGCAGAUGAGCCUGGUGCCGCACCCCAAGACGCAGUGGAUCCUCUCGGACGUGAUGCAGACGCCGCGCCGGCCCUGGUGAUGGGCGCGCGGGCAGCUGGUCGAGGCAGCCGCGGGACGCGCGGCCCGGCCACAGACCGCCGGCCGGCCGCUCGCGGGCCCAAUACCGGGCGUGUUGGUGUGAGCGCAGAGAGGAUGCCGGGUCGGGCGGACCGAUGCGUUUGGACGAGCCUGUGCUGAGGUAAUGUGCGAUGCACCGUGUUGUGUGGUAGUUUGGAAUGGGUGAGGGUGUCUAGUAAUUGUGUGAAUUGGUUGGCUCGCAAUGAUUGUGGCAUCAAUUUGCUGUGAAGUAAUAGAGGAGUUUGUGAUC